AUGCUUUAUUGCGGGCUAUUGCAUUUUUUGUUAGUUUUAUUAUUUUUAAAUUUAAGCAUAAGAUCAAAAAUAUUAAACAGCAAUGAUCAUAUAAAAUAUAAUCCAAGCCAUAUCUGCAUAGGGAGGAUAAAAAGAAAGUUUGCAAAUGAUAAUUUUUUAUUAAAUAAAAAAAUUAGAAAUUGUAGGAACUAUGCAAAUGUUUACAAAAUAUAUAAUAAAACUAAAAAAAGAAGGGACUUAGAAAAUUCGAUUAAUCCAUUAAAGAGGUUUAAAAAAGAAUUCACUUUUUUAAGUUCCCAUGUGUGUAAUAAAAUAUAUGAGGUGAAAGAAAAAAAAAGAAAAAAGAAAAAAAUAGAUUACGAUAAUUUUUAUAAAAGGAAUAUGCUAAAUGUCGUAAAAAUAUGGAGAACAGAGAAACGGAAUAAUUAUGAUAUGUGUUUAUAUUUUAAGAACACAAAUGUAAAUGUGUUAUCAAAUAUAAAAAAUAAAUGUAAAUAUUAUUUUGGAAGAAUAAAGAAUUAUAUAGAAGAAGAUAACAUGUUAAAUUUUUUUUAUAUAUGUAAAAAUGUGUUAUGGAAAAAGAGCAUAUUUUUCUUAACAAUAUUUGUUAUGAUUAAUAGUGCUAUUAUUAGUAUAAUAAUUCCUCGAUAUGAUAAUAUAAUAUUUAGUGAAUUAAAUAAUAGGAAGUUUGAUAGAUUUGGUUAUUUAUUAUGUAAUUGUAUAUUGAUACGUGUUUUAAAUAUAUUAUUUUGUGGUUUAAGGAAUUAUAUUUUUAUGAUAACAAGUUCUUAUUGUUUGAAGAGUGUGAAAAGUAUAUUAUUUAGAAUAUAUUUAAAUAAAGAUUAUGAAUAUUAUGAUAAGGUGGAUCAUAAUGUUAUAAUAAAUAAAUUAACCUUAGAAGCACAUAAUUUUUCAGAUAUUAUACCAUAUUAUAUCAAUCCAUUAAUAAGAAAUUUUUUUUCAAUUAUUUUAAAUUUUUCCUAUAUCUUUUAUUUAAAUAAAAAAUUGUCAAUGGUUAUAUUAUACUGUUUUAUGAUUUCUUCGUUGUUAUCCAUGAUAUCAUCAAAAUUAAAGAAAGCAAGAUUAAAAAAAAUAAAUAAAGAAAAGGUUCAGAAUACAAAAAUAUCUUUAGAAGCUUUAAAUAAUAUGAACAUAAUAAAAUUGUUUAGUACUGAGAUACAUGAGUGUAAUAAAUAUGUAAAUUCAUUGAAUGACAUAUUACGUUUAGAAAAAAAAAAAGAACAAUUUAAUUUACUACAUAUGAUUAUAAAUAAAUUUUUUGUAAUGAUGACAUAUAUCCUUAUAUUAUUAAAGGGGAAUGUGUUAUUAAAAAAUAAAGAAAUUGACAAAAAUCUAUUUACUUCUUUUUUCUUUUAUAUAAAUAAUAUUUAUUCAUAUAUUGACAUAUUAGAUUAUUAUAUAGACAUAUGUGAUAUAGUAUCUCAGUAUAAAGAUCUAAUAAAAAUUAUAAAGAAUUAUCAUAUAGGUGGCAGGCUUGACAAUAUUAAAGAAUGUGUAAAUGAAAAAAAAAACACAGAUGAAAAAAUAAAUAUGGAACAAAAUAUAAAUGAUAUUACAUCUAAUGGAACUGAUAAAAUAAAUAUAAAUUUUGUAAAAGGUUCAGAAAUGAUAAGGAACAUUUCUGAAGAAUCAACAAAUGAUAGGAUAGAUUCUAGAUGUAAUAUAUUACCUUGUAAUAAUGAAAAGAAUAAUUUAGUAUAUAAUAUAAAAGAUAAUUAUAAGUGUAGAUUACAUUAUAAUAGUGAUAUAAAAAAUAGAGAUGAUAAUUUGAUUCUUCAUUUUGAUAAGGUUUAUUUUAAAUAUAAUAGUAGUAAUAAUAAUCCUGAUAAUUAUGUAUUAAAAAAUAUAAAUAUGAAAAUAUAUAAGAAUACAAACAAUGUAAUAAUAGGAAAAAGUGGUGGUGGUAAAUCAACAAUAUUAAAAUUAAUAUUAAAUUUAUAUAAAUGUACAAAAGGUAGGAUAUAUUUAUACAAUAAAUUAAUAAAUAAUUAUGCAAGUCAUGAUAUAUUUAAUUUAAUUACAUAUGUUGAGCAAGAUUCUAAAUUAUUGAAUGCAAGUAUAAAAGAUAAUUUAACAUAUGGAAUAUUAAAUAAAGAUUUUGAUAUGCUGGACUUAAUAAAUAUAUCUAAAUGUGCGACAAGUCAUGAGUUUAUAUCUAGAUUAAGAAAAAGAUAUGAAACGCUUAUAAAUCAUAAGACUGAAUUAUUGUCAUCAUCUCAAAAACAAAAAAUAUGUAUCACAAGGGCACUAACAAGAUACCCCAAGAUCCUUUUAUUGGACGAAUCAACAUCAGCUAUCGAUAAAGAAAAUGAAAGAACAAUUUUCGAGAAUAUAAGAAAAAAUCCAAUGUUCAAAGAUUUGUCAAUUAUUAGAAUCACUCACAAGAGGGCGAAUUUAGAUAUAGCAGAUAAUGUUUUCCUCUUAAAGGAUGGUUAUUUAACGAGACAAAAAAAAUUGAGGAUAUCAAAUAAGUAG